UAACAACCUGCAUUAUGCAGAUGACACAACCUUGCUUGCUGAAAGUGAGGAGGACUUGAAGCACUUACUAAUGAAGAUCAAAGACCACAGCCUUCAGUAUGGAUUGCACCUCAACAUAAAGAAAACAAAAACCCUCACAACUGGACCAGUGAGCAACAUCAUGAUAAACGGAGAAAAGACUGAAGUUGUCAAGGAUUUCAUUUUACUUGGAUCCACAAUCAACACCCAAGGAAGCGGCAGUCAAGAAAUCAAAAGAUGUGUUGCAUUGGGUAAAUCUGCUGCAAAACACCUCUUUAAACUAUUAAAAAAGCAAAGAUUUCGUCCUCCGCCCUUAGACUCGACUGGUAGCGCAGCCUCCCAGCCUCGUACAGGAGUCGUAUGCGAGAGCCGGUGCUUAGGUAAGGACUCAAGCUUCACUGGAGACAUUCGAGAAAAGGUUGAACAACCACUAUUCCAGAACAGAAAAGGAACUCAUGCAUCAGAAAAGGUGACUAAUAGCCAUACCAAAAGAAUAUGGCUGCACAAAUACCAGAAUCUCAUCAGAUAAAACAGUUUAAGGAAUUUCUUGGAACCUACAAUAAACUUACAGAAACCUGCUUUUUGGACUGUGUUAAAGACUUCACAACAAGAGAAGUGAAACCUGAAGAGAUCAACUGUUCAGAACAUUGCUUACAGAAAUAUUUUAAAAUGACACAAAGAAUAUCCAGGAGAUUUCAGGAAUAUCGUAUUCAGCAGAAUGAGGCUCUGGCAGCCAAAGCAGGACUUCUCGGCCAGCCACGAUGGAGAAAAUCUUCUGGAAGUCCAAAUGAGAUCUCGGGCACCUCAUCAGGGGAGGCCUGGAAGAGCUAUGAGAAAUGUGGGCUGAGCUCUGUGCAGUUUAAUGCACUCUGGCUCCUGGCGCUCCGGGAGGAUGUCUGA